AUGGUUUUUUUAAGCAGAAGGUUUGGACAUAUAUAUAGAACUGUAUUGUUAGAUGGAAGCCCUGCAAAUAGGACAGCAAAAUGGACUUUAGCUCUACUCAUGACUGGAAUUUGGAUAUAUAAAAGCGAGAAAAAACAUCCAAGAAAACGUGGUAUUUUCUUCAGGGAUAACAAGGCAGAACCCUUUCAUGAAUAUGAAAUCGAAGAAUGGAAUUCUAAAUUUAAAAGAGAUACCGCUUGA